AGACAGCGAUAAGCUUCAAACUCAGAUAUGGCUUUCCACCAAAGAUCGAUAAGUUUGCCUACUAGGCCUCACGUCAGUGAGACCGAAGUCGAACAAGAGCUCCACUGCCUAGAAGCAAGCAUCACUUCCUCCAAUUCCAUCAGCACGAUGUGGAAUGGUCUCAGGAGUCUUGCAAGCAUCUACGACGGUCUUGAAGAGAUUAUUUGCCUACCAAGCAACCAAGCUUGCUCCUCCCAGCAGAGGAACAUGUUGGAUGGAGAGAUGGAAUGCUCCAUUGAGCUGUUAGAUCUCUGUAGCACCAUGCAAGAGACAUUCGCCGAGAUGAUGGUCAUCAUCCAAGAGCUCCAACUUGCUCUAAGAAAAGGAGAUGAUGCAGCUGCUCAAGCCAAGAUCCAGUCUUUUAUUCGCUUGGUGAAGAAGGCCAGGAAACAAUUCAAGAAGUCUGCCAAGAAGCCUGCAUUUGACAAGAUGGUCAUGCUAUUGACCAAGGCAAGAGAGAUCUGCAUCUCUCUGUUGGAGUCCACACUCCAUCUAUUAUUGAAGCAAAUGGAAAUGCCAAAGCAGUCUCUUGUCUGCAAGGCAUUUUACAAGAAGAAGGCAAUUGUCUGCAAGGAGGAACAAUUGCAGGAGUUGGAGUGCAGUAUCGAAGAUCUUCAAAAUGGAGCAGGAGAACUGUUCAGGAAAUUAGUCCAGAACAGAGUUUCUCUUUUAAACAUUCUUAGCUCAUAG